AUGCACUGUGUUUAAACAGACAAAAGAUGACAACCAGGUGACUCCUUCAAUCCAGGAUGCCUCCUUCAUGAAUAUAAUUGAUGAAGGACUACAAGAAAGAUUCAAACAACAGUUUGCUAGUGCCAUUACCCUUUAAGGGUCCGUGUCAAAGGCUCCCCAACAAUAGACCCCAAACAUUGAAGCAUCUCAUGUCUCUCAAGCGCAGCUUUGAGAGGAAGCCAGUUCCUCGGCUUCAUGGACAAGAUGUUUAAAAAUGGACCCGCUGAGCUAGCCCCUCCUCUCAGGGUGUACCAUCCAAAGAAACCAAAGCAAAUCCGAGUGAUGUUCGAUUCUGGCACCCCAUACGAUGACUCACUCAACUAUGAACUGUUAAUAACCGGGACUGACCUGAAGAAUACAUUGCUUGGUGUAUUGAUCUGCUUCAGAAAAGAAGCAAUUGCCUUUACAGCAGACAUAGAACAGACGAGCUACUGUUUUAUGGUGAGAGAGAAAGACUUUCUUUGGUUUCAAGAAAAUUACCUCAACAAAGACGGUGGGGAUUAUCACAUGAGGGUUCACGUCUUUGGUAAUAGCCCCUCACCUGCAGUAGCUAUUCAUGGCCUAGACCAGUCUGUUCAAGUCAGCGAGUUCAACAUUGACCCUGACGUUAAGCUCUUUAUGAUGCGCGACUUCUACGUAGAUGAUGGUCUGAAGUUGUUGCCUACUGUCGAAGCCACUGUCAACCUGCUAAAGAAGACACAGGAGGUUCUCUCCAAAUCAAACCUUAGGCUCCAUAAAAUCGGAAACAGCAAAGACGUCAUGGAAGCUUUUCCAUCCAGAGAUCAUGCAAGCAACCUUAAAGACCUGGACCUUGAUGCACAUAUGCUGCCAAUUCAAUGCAGUCUCAGACUCAACUGGAACCUCCAAACAGACUGUUUCCUCUUCAGUAUCCCCAUUGACACAAAUCCCUAUACUCGCUGGGGUGUCUCAUCCAUGAUCAACAGCCUCCAUCAUCCUCUUGGGUUUGCAGCGCCGGUCACCGUCCAAGGCAAGGCGAUUCUGAGAGAACUCACUGCUGAGAUCGGCAACUGGGGAGCGGAUGCUCUUACCUCAAGAAUUGGAGGACUGCUGGACGUCAUGGAGGGCAUCCUUGACUUGUAAUGGGGAAAGCCAAGCUGGCCCCCCGACCUAAGCACACAAUACCCAUACUAGAAAUUUUGCGCAGCAGUGCUUGCCAUUGAGUUAGCAGACAUAAUCUCAGCAGAACUGGACUUUAAGCCUGACACUGUAACCUACCACUCAGAUAGCAAAGUGGCUCUGGGUUAUAUUUGUAACAAAACCAGACUUUAAGUUUUAGCAUCCCAAAAAGUAGUCCUCUCAAAGAUUUUGACCCCUUCAUUAUCACACAAAGCCUUCUGAGAGUUGGAGGCCACCUCCACCAUUCAAGCUGUCCACAUUGACUAAGUCAUAGAAUCCCUCAACACAUGAAGCUUCAUCAACGCACUGAGGUGUUUUCUUGAGAAAAGUUGAACAGUGUUCCUGCUCCUGCUGGUGAGUUUGAAGAUUCUGACCUCUACAAGCACCAAUGGCGACAAGUUCAGCACCUGUCCAACACCUUCUGGGACAGAUGGCGAAAGUAGUUCCUCCCAACACUUCAGGCAUGCAAUAAGUGGCAGUCUAGUCAUCCAAGCAUGGAGCCAGGAAGUGUCGUUCUCCUCAAAAAUAGUCAAGCACCAAGAAAUGAGUGGCCUCUUGGACUGCUAACACAGACUUUCCCUAGCAAAGAUGGGACAAUUUGCAGGGUCGAGGUGAAGGCCAUUAAGCAAGGAGGGACUACACUCUUUCUCAGGCCUGUUAUGGAGAUAGUGCUUCUUCUCCCCCCAGAUGCUUUGAUAGAUAAAGUGUUAUGGACUUGCUGAGUGGUGUGUGAUCACACUAGAUGGGGAGUGUUCUGUUACAGUUAAAUCAAUGCAUUAGUCUCCUUGUGGGGGUCCCAGUGUGUGUGUGCCUCCUCUCUGUGGUGUGGCUGGAGGUCUCAAAGCGGCUGUAGGUGUCGAGGUCAUCCAGCAGGCUGUCUGUGGAGCUGAUGGACCUGGUGAUGGUCCAGUAGCCUGUGAUGUGCUGUAGGCCUUACCACAUCCGCCCGGAGUCAGCAGUGGAAUAGAAGCCUUCCAUCUUCUUUCUGUACUGCCUUUUGGCCACUGUGAUGGCUUUUUCCAGUCCAUACUUUGCAGCUUUGGACUCGGUCUCAUUGCCUCAUGUGAAUGCAAGAGAGUGAGCACGCAUCAUGUGACGUGCCUAACUGUUAAUCCAGGGCUGGUAAACUUCUCGACUUGUAUGUUGGGCACAGUGUUGUCGACACAAGUGCUUAUAUACCCAGUCACAUACACAGCAAAGUCAUGUAUGCUGACAGAAGAGUCCUCCAAAGUGGCUGCAGCUUCACAUCCUAGUCUGUCUGAGCAAAACAGUCCUGCAGGAUAUACAUACAUACAUACAUAUGUACAUCUAUAUAUAUAUAUAGAUAUACAGAUAUACAGUAAGAGGUGUUAAAUAUAUUUCAUUUAGAAAAAAUUAAAUCUCAAAAAGACCCCACCUGUGAAUUCCGUAGCUUUCAUAAAUAUGAGAAAGGUGGUUGCUAACAAUUUAUUCUUUGAAAAUCAGUGAAGUGAUGAAGAUCUGUGGAGAUUAUUUUGCUGAA